GUGUGUCUGUGUGUGUGUAUGCUGAGACACAGUGUGUGAUGUUAUGCGUCUCCAUGGUAACCUUGUGUUGUUAGUAACUGUGUUUUGGUCAGACAGCCAGUCUAUCACUCCAUCACUCUAUCAGUCUAUCAGCCAGUGAGCCAGUCAGUCAUGGAGGAGCAGAGGGUUCAAACAUGCGACGUUUACAGGACGGAUCCCAACCUGCCGCACCGAUUCAACAACCCCCAGUGUUUCCAUGGUUACAGGGAGAAGAUCGAUCAGCCGCUUUACCGAACAUCCAACCAAACAUACGGCAGCAAGGGACCAUCUGUUCAUGAGAUACAGACUCAGUUUAAAGGGAAGUCCUGUCAGUUCUCGGAGGCGAUGCUGCAGAGCGGGAUGUACCGAGAUCACGGCUUCAACACAUCUGUAGAGAGCAGCAGAGUGACCAUUUCCACGGCAACACAACACAACAGAGGCAACCUCCAUUUUCGCUAUCACUGUGGAAACCAAAACAAUGACAAGUAGACAUUUAAACAACCUGUAAACAUUUUGAACAAAAGGUUUUGUACAACAAAUAUAAUAAAGAGAUGAAUCUGAAA